UAAAUGCCUGUACUCGAAAACUCAAAACUUGAUAUAAAUCCUCCUUGUUAUUGACAAGGAAACCAAGAAUAUGUUGACAAGCUCUUUAUACAUUUAAGAGCCGCAGCAGUUUCCUGCAUUCCGUAAAAUCAACAUUCAUCCUUCUUUCUGUGCAGACUUUCAAUGGAAAUUCAGUUUCAGCAACAAAAGCAGCAGCAACGACAAGGCAUUCCACUUAACAAAGUAAACAAGUUCAAGGGAAGAAAUAAUAAAAGCAACAGCAAUAACAAGUUUGUUGGUGUGAGACAGAGACCUUCUGGUAGAUGGGUUGCUGAGAUCAAGGACACAACAAAAAAGAUAAGGGUCUGGCUUGGCACCUUUGAAACUGCUGAAGAAGCUGCUCGAGCUUAUGAUGAAGCUGCCUGCCUUCUCCGCGGAUCCAAUACUCGAACAAAUUUCGCUACCAAUGCAAACUUCGAUUCUCCUCUUGCUUCUCGGAUUCGAAAUCUAGUUAACAACAAAAAAAGAGGUAAACAACAAGGUGUUCAACAUGUUCCUCCUAACACCACAGUUAGUACUACCACUAGUGCUACUUCUAGCAGUAGUUGCAUAAGCAGUGGUGGCAUGACCAGUGAAUAUUCACCUUCUGGUAAUAUUGCUCGAGACUCUCAGUUGUUUGAUGAUGCUUAUAAACCAGAUUUAAGUAACUGCACCAAGGAUUUUGAGUUAGGUUCUUAUCAAUCCGAUCUUUCAUCUGGAUUCGGAAAUGGGGUUGAUCGAUUUUUAUUUACUCAAGAGCUGUUGGAUUUUCCAGAGAACAGUGCUUCCCCUGAGGCUAAGCACUUAGAGUUCACAGAAUUUGACAGGAUGAAAGUUGAAAGGCAAAUUUCAGCUUCCCUUUAUGCCAUUAAUGGAGUUCAAGAGUACAUGGAUGCUGUCCAUGAUCCUGCUGAAGCUUUUUGGGACCUUCCACCAUUGUGUUCAUUGUUCUGUCAGAUAUGAUCAUGGUUAAAAGUACCUAUGAAAUGUUCUCUCUAUGUUUAAUCUUUGUUAUUGUUUCUUUCAUCAGAAUGAAAAAAGUAUAUAUGAUUUAGGAUUUGUUAUCAGGUUACAGUAGCAGAUGGAAUUUCGAAGAGAUUAGUUUGUCUUUCCUCAACUUGUUCUUGCAGGAUAAUUUUUAUUAUUGCAAU